AUGCCUCAACCAACAAGUCCACCCAGAGAUUACUGGAUAUCAGGCUAUGGCCUGUCUCGACAUAUUGUUCUUCGACAGUUGCAAUACUUCCUCGGACCCUCUGCCACCGUGAGGCCAUAUUCAUAUCGUGGCCGAGAAGGAUUCCUCAUCAAUGGUCCCGAGUUGACCAAGGAGCAAAUAGAAGACCUCAAACGACAGUCGGAACAAUAUGAAAGGCAACAAACAAUGCGCAUGUCCAACAGGGUCAGCAGUGGCACCGAGGACGAGGACUGCGACAUCAACGAAAUUGUCACCAUCAAUUCGAGUCGGAGGCACAACCUCGCACAUGCGUCUGCGUCCCAUUACAAGCGUCCCCGGUGA